CUAAUUUUCAGUUACUAGAACGAAUUAAGAUGCAUGGUGAGAACCAUUUUGCAUCCUAUUGCAAGAUGGGGCUGUUGCUGAUGGUAUCAUCUUCAGCGUGCUAUGAUUUGGUAAAAAUCGACGUUUCUCAGAAUUCUAGCGCUGUUUGAUUUGGUUUUCUGAACUGGGUCACUGCCAAAUUCAAAAAGAAGGCAUCAAAGCGUUAUCUCAACAAGAGGCUGGCGACUUUUUAUUUCCAUUCCAAGAGCUAACGAACACCUUCGUUUGAUGAUGGACCGUUUGAAUUGGGAUGACCCACAAAAUGUUGCGAGUGGGAAUCUCAUUCCACCAUGUUUAUGGAGCAAUCAACGGCCUGAAAUCGGUGAAAGUUCGAUGGAAUCUAGUGCAAACCUCAGCACAACAGAUCUCUUCAACCCAACUCCACUGCUCCAAGGAAUCAAAAUGUGUAAUGCCAGUUCCAAUUCUGUUGGUGUCCAUGAAAUGAUCGAACAGUUAGCUCCAGCCUUAGAUUCCAUAAACAAUGCUUCUGAUUUGAAUUUAUCACAGCGGCAGGGCGCCAUAAAACUAGCAGCAGAUACAGUGCUGGCCAAAUCAGGAGCAGGUACUACUUGGGGAGAGGCCCUCACUUCUCAAUUACGUUCCUCUCCUCUCGUCAACAGGCCUUACAUUACGACCCCAUUAAGCCCCCUGAUGCUGAAUUUCGGCCCAUCUGAUGGAUUUCAAGUAUUUGAUGAUAUCAAAGACGAUAAGGUCCGGUUCUGCACUUCGGAGUCCAUCGAGUCUCUUGAUUGCUUGCUGUCUGCUACAAACAGCAACACGGAAAAGUCAGCUGAGGACGAAGGCAUUUCUGCAAUCUUCUCCGACUGUACGAAUUUAUGGAACUUGAGCUCUGGUUGUGCAAUUUCAUCAGGUGAAUCUGAGAACAAUGGUUCCUGUGAAAGCACCAAAGAAGCGCAGCAACAGCAGCAGAGAACCAGGACAGACGAGGCAAUCUCAGGAGAUUGCCUCGGAUCAUCAAACGCCAGGCAUGGUUCCAAAAGAAGCAAGGAAGAUCAAGAACCGGACGGGAAAGAAGUGAAGAACCACCAUCAUCGCUAUUUCAACCUUGUUCAAUCAGAUUCAUCAGAAGGUGGUUUUCAGCUCAUCUCCGAUAAUGCGGCGAAAUCCAAGAAACCCAGAUCAGAAAAGCUCCAGCAGUCUUCGAGUAUUGAGUUUGGGCGGUCCAUGGUUGAUGAGGCGGACACGGAGGCGAUGGUCCAGAUGAAGGAGAUGAUAUAUAGAGCUGCAGCUUUAAGGCCAGUGAAUUUUGGGAUGGAGGUGGUGGAGAAGCCAAAGAGGAAGAAUGUGAAAAUUUCAAAUGACCCACAGACAGUGGCAGCAAGGCAAAGGAGGGAGAGAAUAAGUGACAGGAUUAGGGUUUUACAGAGGCUAGUUCCUGGUGGUACCAAGAUGGACACUGCUUCGAUGCUUGAUGAGGCUGCUAACUAUCUCAAGUUCCUCAAAUCACAAGUCAAUGCCUUGCAAACCCUGGGCCACAAGCUUGAUUCCAUCAAUUUCAACCCUUCGUUUUCACCAACUUUCAACCAUGCUCUUCCCAUGCAAAACAGUUUCCCAUGUCCAAAACCCUAAUCCAUAACCCUAGGUGAACCCACCCACCCCCCAAAAAAAAAAAAAAAAAAUCAAAUCCAUGGCCCGUAUGCCAUAUCAUUGUCUUCAUCAUAACUAGUUUUAGGGACUAGGGUAGGCUAGUAUGUGCAUUUUUUACCCGUUUCUUAAAUGGUGGUGACACUUUCCCACGUAUUAUGUAACAUGCUGUGUUUCAAUCCAGACCAUCCAAAUUGCAAGCCCCAUUGUGCACAGACCAUAUCUCAAAUAUUUCAUCCAUCGAAUGAGUCUGACCAUCCAACUGGUGGACAUCAAUUAUGGACGGUCAAAAGGAGAAUGGACAAAUUUAGUGGCCGAAAUCAACCAUCCGUUUGGUUUGAUUUUUUGGGCUAUGCCCAACGCACAACAUGGUCUACAAUUUCGAUGUCUGAUUGAAGUGCACGUAUGAUACAUCUUUACUGGAUGGGGCACCACCAUUUAAGAAACAGUGGAAAAAAAAAAUCACAAGAUAGUCUAGCCCUAGUUUUAGUUUUCAAUACCAUAGGGUACCUAGUUUUCCAUGUAAACCAUGUCCACAUGUCCAAAACGCUAGUCUAACCCCAGGAAAGAAAACCUUAAUCCAAGACCCCAUAUCACACCCUUGACCAUCAUCAACCAUAUGAUUGAGGUCACUAGAAAAGCUUCCUUCCCCAUGAACUUAAAAUCCAAACCCACAUCAUAAUCAUCAUCAUUUCUCUUUUUGGUGAUUUAGAUGAAAAGCUCAUCACCAUCUCUUAAUCAUCAUCACCAAAACACCCACCAAUGGAGGAACCAAAAGCUCCUCCAUACAAAAAGCUUUAACAAUUAUUACACCUAUGAUUAAGAUUAAAAAGGGUCUUGGAAGUAAGUGGUCCACACUUUCUAUUGUACUUUUUCUGUCUUGGGUCAUGAACUUUAAUUUUUAAUUUUUUUUAAUGUAGCAUGUUAGAUUACCAAUGCAAGAGACAUUCCUAUGGGUCUUGUGGAACCACAGUCAGAUGGUAUGUCUCCUUGAUUCAACCCAAGCGUGCCCUUGGAACUCCCCCCACCUGGUAGUGGUCAGCACGUGCAAUGGAAAAAAGUGCUAGUCUAGUCAUCUUUUUUAGUUUUGGUUUCUUAGAUCCUGUGCCACUGUCUCUUCAUGUUACAAACU